AUGGAUGUCAAUACCAAGAGCCUGAUGUUGUGUAUUCGUGCCCAAGCAGCCGCAAUGCGCAAGCAGCAGCCUAAAACAUUCCAAAGCCGCAGCGGCGAGAGAGACAUUGGGCGCGGAGUGAUUGUCAACCUUGCUUCAGCCAACUCAUUUGCAGGACUUCCUGGAAAGAUGUGCUAUACGGUCUCCAAGCAUGCCGAUAUGGCCUUGACGAAGACGGCAGCCAUGGACCAUGCAAGCGAGGGAAUUCGCUGCAAUGCCGUGUGCCCGAUCUGGGUGCAAACUCCACUGCUCGAUGUAGAAUUGCAGAAGAACCUCCAAGUUCAAACCGAGAUAGAUGCAAUUGUGCCGAUCAAGCGAGCAGCCAAAUGUGAAGAAGUGUCGGAUGCCAUUCCCUUUUUAUGCAGUCCUGCAGCGAGCUAUAUCAAUGGGACAAGUUUGGUUAUUGAUUCAGCUAUCACGACCACUAUUCGAUUGCACUGA